AUAUAUAUCCGUCCGGACAACCACUUCAGCCCCACAGACAUCCGAGUCAACGCCCCCCAGGCAACGUUCCAUAUUACCAAAAGACGACCUAGAAUAAUCAUGGCAACUAACGCGAGCAACCUUCGGGCCGCCCACCACAACCCCCCCAGCGUGGGCGAGCUACCAGUGGGCGAAGCGCCACCUCUCUAUGAUGGCGUGCACCGUAACAACGGGCGUAAGCCGAACAUGUCGCAGAUUGCCAGCGAGCGCGACUUUUGGAUGGGCAUGGCUGAGUUCGGGCCCUGGAUGCCCGCCGCGCCCGGGGGAUCCGCCCGCCAGGGCGGGCCCCAAGAGCGGCCGCAGCGUCGCGGCACCGUCCAGCACGAGGAGGCAUCCGACCGCGGCCAGGGCUUCAAGGAGCAGACCGCUUCCUUGGGCGAUGGGGCCUCGGAGGUGGAGGCGGAGGACGAGGACGAGGACGCUACAGACCCCGGAACCCCGGCGACUGAAGGCCGUCAUGGGACACCGCAGCGGGAAACUGAAGGUCGAUUUGAGUAUGACCUGUUCGCCUUCUCGCAGUACAGCGUCGCACCUCGUUGCCAACGGGAGGAUUUGAAAAUUCGGUGA